ACCAUUUUUUAGGUCAAACCCGAUUCAAAGGCCAAUUGAAUUAGGGAUAAAAGGAGUUCUCAGCGGGGUAGAGCGCUUAUCCUGCAAGGACUAUCGAUGGAGUCUCCUUUCAAGGCCGAUAUCCUAAAAGGCCAGGUGGCUUUCGUUACCGGAGGAGGCUCCGGAAUCGGCUUCGAGAUCUCCAGACAGUUCGGUAAGCACGGAGCUUCGGUGGCCAUCAUGGGUCGUCGCCGCCAGGUCCUCGACGACGCCGUCUCCGCCCUUCAGUCGGAGGGGAUCCAGGCCAUUGGCCUAGACGGUGAUGUACGUAAGCGGGAAGAUGCAUCUAGGGUUUUGGAAGAAGCAUUUAAGCAUUUUGGAAAGCUUGAUAUUCUUGUGAAUGGAGCAGCAGGAAAUUUUCUUGCAUCACCAGAGGAUUUAUCACCAAAUGGUUUGAAAACUGUUCUCGACAUUGAUUCAGUCGGCACAUUCACCAUGUGCCAUGAAGCUCUAAAGUAUCUUAAGAAAGGAAAAGGUCCGUCCACCGGGGGCCUAAUUCUGAACAUUAGUGCAACUUUGCACUACACAGCUUCUUGGUAUCAGAUCCAUGUAUCUGCAGCUAAGGCAGCCGUUGACAGCAUCACUAGGUCAUUAGCCCUAGAAUGGGGUACUGAUUACGAUAUAAGGGUCAAUGGAAUUGCUCCAGGACCAAUCCAAGACACUCCUGGGAUGCGGAAGCUUGCACCUGCAGAAAUGCAGAGCGAUGUCUCUAGGGAUGACAGGCUUCUACGUAAGCUAGGAAAGACUUGGGACAUUGCAAUGGCUGCCUUAUAUUUGGCUUCUGAUGCAGGAAAAUUUGUCAAUGGGACUACCAUGAUUGUUGAUGGAGGACAUUGGCUGAGCAAGCCCAGGUACAUCGCCAAGGAAGAAGUGAAGAAUUUAUCACGAGUCGUGGAGAAGAAGUCGAGAAAAUCACCUGUUGGCAUUCCAUCCAGCAAGCUGUAGUCGUGCUACUAUCGCCCCCCAUGUUAUUGUUCUAUGGCAACGUUAUAGUACAAUAUAUAAGCUGCUAAAUAAAUUGGUUCAACCCUUAGAAUAUUGAGGUGAACCACUGAAUCUUUGAAUUUUAUUUAAUAAAUUCAUAAUUUGGGGGAAAAUUAUCUUGUAUUCAAGUCCUGAGAAAGACAAUUCUACAGCUAGUACCAGUAACAUUGAGCUCAACUAUUCUACAGAGAGUUGUAACUUGUGCUCCUGCCCUGACGAGGAUAUUGAAUGUGGUGUAAAACAAACUUUCUCGAACUAUUAUUACCUUAAUAUUAUGUUAA